AUGGCCAUCGUUGCGCACAAAGGAACCGAUUUACCGACGGUUGCGGAGAUCGAAGCAUCACAUGAUGUGCUGAGUGUUCGGACAAACGCUAUCAAGGUUGUUCGAGUUCGGGAACGCUUCGCAGUCAAGGUUGGCUAUUCUAUUCCACCACUGGAGGCAGAGAACAUGAUUUUCGUUGCACACAACAGCAACAUUCCGGUGCCGAAGGUUCAUGAUAACUUUGUCGAUCCGGAAACUCAAAAGAGAUAUAUCAUUAUGGAUUAUAUCCCAGGCACGGACCUUGAAAAAUUACUACCAUCGCUCACGCCAAUCGAAAAGAAGACAAUCAGCGCACGGAUUAAGGACGCAGUUGAUGAACUACGGCAGAUCCCAGCUCAAGGGUACCUUGGAAACUUGGCACGCCAGCCUUACACCGAUGGUGUGCUCUCCUCUCCAGAUGACAAUCCAACAAUUUCGGGGCCAUUCGAGAAUCAAGAGCAAAUGAAUCAGGGUAUCUUGACAAGGCUUGGCCAGAAGGAGUCGCCCCACUACAUUCGUCUUUUGCGAGGAAUGGUUGAUCGAACCCUCAAAGGCCACAAGAUUGUGUUCACGCACGGAGAUCUUCAACCAAAGAACAUAAUGGUUGAACGCAAUGGACUCCAAGAGGAUGGAAGUAGCGACUUUAAAAUCACAUUGAUUGAUUGGAAUCUUUCGGGCUGGUACCCAGAAUUUUGGGAUUUCUGCAAUUCGACGCUUUAUUGCCAGUUAAAGCCUGAUUGGUUAGAGCUCAUCCCGGAUAUUUUCGAUCAGUAUCCUUUGGAAUACUUGAUGAUGCAAGUUGUUUACUCCUCAGUGUUUUAUUAG